AUGAGCCGAGCGCUGGCCGCCAAACCCUGCCUCCCGCCUUCACGUCCGCUUGAGUGCCGUCUCGCCUCGUUCUCGUCCCCAGCCCCGCGCUUUGUGCUCUUUCUCUCCCGGUACCUCCGCAGUCUCCAGUCACCACUCCCGAGCUCGCGCCCGACUCGUCAGGCUGCCAUCAAGUGUGUUGUUGUUGGCGACGGUGCUGUCGGAAAGACUUGCCUUCUCAUCUCGUAUACCACGAAUGCAUUCCCGGGCGAAUAUAUCCCGACAGUGUUCGACAACUACUCAGCGAACGUGAUGGUGGAUGGCAAGACCAUCUCGCUCGGCUUGUGGGACACUGCUGGUCAGGAAGAUUACGACCGCCUCAGGCCUCUGUCUUACCCGCAAACGGACGUCUUCCUCAUCUGCUUCUCACUCGUUAGCCCUCCGUCGUUUGAGAACGUAAAGACAAAAUGGUACCCGGAGAUUUCACACCACGCGCCGCAGACAGCCAUCGUGCUUGUUGGUACCAAGCUUGACUUGCGGGAGGACCCCUCAACGAUCGAGAAGCUGCGCGACAGGCGCAUGGCUCCCAUUCAGUACACGCAGGGUGUGAACCAGGCCAAGGAGAUUGGCGCCGUCAAGUACCUUGAAUGUUCUGCUCUCACGCAGAAAGGCCUCAAGAACGUCUUCGACGAAGCCAUCCGUGCCGUCCUCAACCCCCCUGCGAAGGAGCCCAAGAAGAAGAGCAAGGGCUGCAUCAUCGUCUGA